CCAGUUCCCAUUAAGCCCACUGUGACUGUGGAGCCAUUCUGGCCUCAGCUAUACAGCGGUGAGACAGUCACUGUCAGAUGUGAGAUUCAUGGAGGUGAAGGAGCUCAGUGGACGUAUGAAUGGAGACCAGACAAGUUAAACACACCUCCAACAUCCAGAGAAUACACAAUCAGCGGUGCUACUGAGUCUGAUGGUGGAAGAUACAGCUGCCGGGGCAAAAGAGACUUGUCCUGGACGGAGUGGAGUGACAACAUCACAUUGACUGUAUUAUCUCCUUCUAAGCCCACUGUGACCCUGCAGUCAUCCUGGACUCAGAUAUACAGCGGUGAUACAGUCACUGUCAGAUGUGAGAUUCAGGGAGGUGAAGGAGCUCAGUGGACGUAUGAAUGGAGACAAGGCCAGAAAAACAUACCUCCAACAUCCAGAGAAUACACAAUCAGCAGUGCUACUGAGUCUGAUGGUGGAGGAUACAGCUGCCGGGGCAGAACAGACAGGUUCAUCACAGAGUGGAGUGACAUCAUCACACUGACUGUAUCAUCUCCUCCUAAGCCCACUGUGACCCUGCAGCCAUCCUGGACUCAGAUACACAGCGGUGAGACAGUCACUGUCAGAUGUGACAUUCAGGGAGGUGAAGGAGCUCAGUGGACGUAUGAAUGGAGACCAGACAAGUUAAACACACCUCCAACAUCCAGUGAAUACAGAAUCAGCAGAGCUACUAAGUCUGACAGUGGAGGAUACAGCUGCCGGGGCAAAAGACGUUCCUCCUGGACAGAGUGGAGUGAUAUCACCAAAUUAACUGUAUCAUGUAAGUUGGACAUAUUUCACCUUUUUUUAUUUAUAUUGCACAAAGUCUCAUCAAAAACACAACAAAGUACUUUGUCUUUCAAUCUUUUUAUUUUAGUAUCAAAAGUAGCGUAA